AUGGAAGCUAACAGCACAACCAGGCUCGUUAUCCUUGUCACGUUUGGAAUCUACAUUCGCGCUGGCCGCGAAAUCUACAACAAGCGUAAGCAGCUUCGCCAAUUCGCCUCGAGUGAAAUUGGUCCCGGCAUGAUUCCAACGAACCCCUUCAAUCAAGGCGCCAUCCACGAACAGACAGUUGUCGCCAUCUCCUACGAAAGCACUGCCAACCACCCAACCAUUGAUAUCAACGACCUAGGCCGCCAGCUAUCCGCAGCCGACCGACGCCACUCGGGCCAAAAUGGCCAGCCGCAGUAUUCUGUUGCCGUCUCCGCCGUUCCUGCGGUCUACAAAAUUGGCAGCAUGCCUCCCUUCCCUUCCGUACCCAAGCGCCCAAAGAAGACGAAAGAAGAGAAAGAAAGGGGCGAUGACCCCACCCUCAAGCGCUACCAAACUAUCGAAGCCAGCCGCGCCGCCUGGGGCUACACUAAGGUCGCCGUGUUAUUCUUCAGCGCCAUGUUAAUCACCUGGAUUCCAUCGAGCGCCAACCGUCUCUAUGGUGUCGCACACCCGGGCAAGAUCUCCAUUCCCCUUACCUACGCCGCCGCCUUCGUGCUCCCUCUUCAGGGAUUCUGGAACUGCCUCAUCUACAUGAUCACCAGUCUCAACGCCUGCAAGGAGCUGCUCGGCUGGAUGGGCCUCAAGCGCUACAGCGAUGGCACCCUGCGCCACGGCGGCCACGAGAGACGCAAUACCUUUGGAAUGACGAACAUAGAUAUGGGGAGAGGCACGCGCAUACCGAGCAUGGCGGGCGAUAAGGAUGUCAGCGAGACGGAAAGCACGGUAGAACUGGCGACUCAGCGGUAG